AUGCUGCCCUCGGAAGGCGAUCUUCGGCAGCGAGCUAUGCAACAGAACACCCGUGCCCACGCCGGUGGGCUGAAUGGGCAGCAGGGCUUCAGGCCGCCGGUGGACGCCGGUGGGCGGAAGGGGCAGCAGGGCUUCAGGCCGCCGGUGGACGCCGGUGGGCUGAAUGGGCAGCAGGGCUUCAGGCCGCCGGUGGACGCUGUUGGGCUGAAUUGGCAGCAGGGCUUCAGGCCGCCGGUCGACGCCGGUGGGCUGAAUGGGCAGCAGGGCUUCAGGCCGCCGGUGGACGCCGGUGGGCUGAAUGGGCAGCAGGGCUUCAGGCCGCCGGUGGACGCCGGUGGGCUGAAUGGGCAGCAGGGCUUCAGGCCGCCGGUGGACGCCGGUGGGCUGAAUGGGCAGCAGGGCUUCAGGCCGCCGGUGGACGCCGAGCGCAACAGGGCGCCUAUACCCCACAGGCCGUAUGUGAUUCGACCCCAGUGCCCGGAUAUGUACGGCUUGACUGGUGCCGGCGCGCACUUGGCCCCGUACAUCGCGUACUGCAACGAACAACCGGUGCCGGUGGUCGAAAAUCCUGCCUAUCAUGUGGGCAACAUGCAAGCUCUCUUGCUACCCGAAUGCAACCUGUGCCGG